UAAUAUUUGCAGGUACUAAUAAGCAUAAUUCCAGACAGAAAUUAAGUUCUAAAAAAACUUAUGCAUUAGUUACAUGAAAUCUUAUUGGUUGAGUAAGUCUGUUGUACCAGGGCCUCGUGCAAGUUUCAUCCUCAUAUAAAAAAACGCUACAAGCCCUGUGAUCGAGGUUGCAUCUUUACCAUUAAAAUCACAGUCAAAUCUUGUCUCAAAUUUUUUUCCCCAUUUUAGAACUAUUUUGUGACUGGCUUUGUUAUCAUUACCUAAUUUACUUUUACUCAAUUUCUUGUUCUCCAUUGUUAAAAUUGUGACACAAAAGUUAAUUUCACAGCUAUAUACCAAACAAUAUGUGCUUAGUUUUUUUAUCUGUUGGAUAUUUCGCAAUAAUAAAAAAACUUUAAAACCCCAAAAAUAAAAUUUAUGUGCAAUACACUUUUUUAUAUAUUGAGUUUCAAUCCACGAAUUUCUUGUUUGUCAGGCAAAGUUGAUCUGUGAAAGACAAUGGAUGGCUUGCAGACCAUUUAGUUUAUAACUUGUGAAAGGAUAGGUUUCAACAUUCUUUGAAGACGUCAUUAAUCUGUCCAUGGCUGUUUUUAAGAAACACAUUACUUCAGAUGGUUAUAAAUUUGGUAUAUAGUUUGGUCAUCUUUAGAAAAUGUAGCUGAACAAGAUCAUUAUGGAGAUAAUAAUAUUAAUGGCUCAAAUUUGAAAAAAAUUAGACCUAGAAUUAAAAAAAAAUUAGCAGUCAAAAGUCAAAAAGGUUAUUUAUAUUAUUAUGACUGGACAAGAAUAAGUAUAUAGUAAAAUGCAAUGAAAAAAAGGAAAAAUUAAAAAACAGCAGUUGUGAAGUGUAUAGUAGUAGUAGUAGCAUUUUUAAAUAACCUAUUACUGUGUUAGUAGUGAAUGUUUGUGAUAAACAAUGCAUUGCGUUGAAGUAUGCGAUUUGUCAGCCUAAGGUUAUUGCCUUUCAUGCAAAACAAGAAUCUGUGGGACAUACAAUGGACUCUGUGUCUGGUACAUCUCCAUGAUUUUUUGGCUUGUUUUAAUUACCCUAUUUAUUAUUUGACUGUUUAGAAAUAAAAAACAAAUGAGUAAAAAAGAAAAAAGCAGUAGUUUAAAGGGGAGAUGGCGACUGAAGAAAAAGAAGCCAAAAGAUCCUUCAGGUGAUGUUGAGUUGGAGAUAUCUGACCUGAAAGAGCUUCUUGAAUCGAGGGAGAUAAAUUUAAAACCACGUGUCAAUGUUUCAAAGUCUUCUAAGUUGUCUCCGUCAUUGUUGGACAUUUUAAAGAAGUCUGUUGCGCUGGGAUAUUUUCUUGACUUUCUAAAGGAACGAGAUGAAAGAAAUUUGCUAGAUUUUUGGUUAGAAGCUGAGACAUUUCGGAUGAUUUCAGAAAGUAAAUACCGUCGAAGGAAACCUCGGUCAGGAAGUUCGAUUUCUCGUAAUUCGUCGGUAAGUGGCAGUCCAGCAUUGUCAAGAACGCCUAGUUAUUGUGCUGUUUCCAACAAAGAUACCAAUAAAAAUGAAACAUAUAGGAACGAUGAAUUAAAUAAUACAUUGACUUCAAAUGAUGAUACUUGGAAUUGCAGUUGUUCAGAGGAUGGUGACAGUUUACCUGACUUCAUCGUUGUGCCAUCUAAAAAUACCUACCAACCAUGUUUAUCAGAGAACACUGUACGGACUAUUAGUGUAAACUCCAUGCAUCCGUCCAAUCAUGAGUGGAGUGAGCAAACUGACAAUUCCGAUUUCGCUAAACUAAACACUUGUAGUAGAACAAAUUCUGCCCCAAAUUUUAAAACUUCAAUAAAAGCAAGUACCCUCCCUAAAGUCACAAAGUCGAGCACAUCAUUGGAUGGAUUUCGUCAAAGGGCAAGGACGAGAAGUGCCAUUGUUGAUGCUGUUACAAUAUACUCCAAAUAUAUUUCACUUAAUGCCGAAAGUCCUAUAUUUUUACCAACACACAAACGACAAGAAAUUGAAGCCAUCAUAUGCAAAGAUAAGAAUGCAAUCGAUGCAGAUUGUUUUGUGGUUGCACAAGAAUACUGUUUUGAAAAGCUCUCUAGCCUUCAUAGAGAAUUUCUACACACAAUUAAUAUGAUCAUGUAUCAGUUGAAAAUACUUGACGAAAAUCAAAUCCGUUUACAGGAUGUCUUAUAUAAUGGAACAAUCUUCUUCUAUUUUAUGGAGUUCUUAGAUCAAAGUGGAUGUAAAGAUGUUUUGGAAUUUUAUAUGGCUGCUGAAAGUUUUGAAGAAGACAUUGAAAUACAACACUUGAAUAAUGAAUAUGAACUUGAAACUGCAGUCAAUGAUGCAAUGUAUCUAUAUGAAAGGUACUUCUCAAUGCGCUGUGAGAAACAAUUAAUACAAGAUGAUAAACUACGAAUAGUUCUCGAGAAUAAUAUUUGCAGAGAAGAUGGUCCACAACCAAACUGUUUCUGUAUACCUAUGGCCUACGCAUGGACGGUGCUAGCUGAGGUUUAUCUACCGAUGUUUUUAUCGAGUGAAGUGUACCAAAGCUACCUUGAGCAUCUUAGAAAGACAGUGCAAAACAAAGAAGACUUAAAGACCUGCUCAAGUCGCAGUUCCUUAUCUGUUGAUGAUAAUCUACCUUUGCUGGUUCAUUCUGAUUCCAAGCUGAAUCUUUUUGACGAUAAGGGGAUUGAUGAAUUCUGGUUUAAACCACAACAACAAAAUUCCAGCCGCCUUACACUUGGCCAUAUGAACGAGUUUGGAGUUUUCAGUUCUGAAAUGGAACCUGAACCCUUCAGUGGUAAAGAAGCAGAUUCUUCAGUCUCAAAACUGGGAAAAGCCAUGAAGAAUCUUUUACGUGGUGAAACACAGCAGGAGACGGAGCAAUUAGCUUGGGAACGUGCUCGUAAAAUUAUAUCUGAUAUCCAAAAAGAAACACAGAAUUCCUGACAAAGCGAGCAAGAAUUUAUUGUAGAUGCAAUGUAUUUUUAUAUAGAAGUACCCAUUCUUAGUUAAACGUGAUUUUGAAAAUCAUUAGAAGAAAUGUUAAAUGUGUAUUUGUGAUAUCGCUUAAUCUUGGCUGGACCAAAGACUAUUUUAAUAUUUAGGGAGACAAACUUCUGCAUUUAGUUGUGUGGAAGCGGAGUCGAGAUUCAACUUUGUUAAUGUUCAACAUUCAGUUUUUUAUAUAAAAAAUAUACAGACCUUUUUGUUCUAGUUUUCACCAUGCACAUAAAGUCUUGUUUUCAUUUGACCGCAUUUUUCGCUGUAGUGUAAAAAGCUUACGAGGGGUUUUGUUCGCUCCCAUGCGCUUUGACAAGAUUAGAGAUUUUGUUCCCAAUGUUCUUUAAUAUUAGCACCAUUACCAUUUUACACCUACGAACAUAUGGAAAUGAAUGUUAUUUCUGUACAUGACAUUACUACACAAUCAAGUGUCAUAACGAAACUUUAUCAAUAAAAAAUAUGUGAUUGUAAGUUUAUUGGAAACUGUUAUUGUUUUGGUACGAAAUUGUUUCGUGUUUCUCGUAUUCUAGCCUUGCACUAGAAUUGCACUGUCAAGUAAAAGUGCUGAUUUUUUUUGGUAACUCGUACACUUCGCUUCCAUACGAAAACUAGACCCUUUACUAAGGGCGCCAGUACGUAACAAAAUAGUAGAGGGGUAUAAUAAUUUUGAGAUAAAAUGAAUUUUAUAGUAAAAUAUUCAUCAUGACUGUAAAAUAUAGAAUUCAUUAGAUGUCUAUUUGGUAAUUGAGUAAAACUUUGAUCAGUUCGCACCAAUGUGAUUAUAAGUUUAAGAAGUUUCUUUUAAAGAAACUAUAAUUUUUUUUAUUUUUUAUGAAAGUCCAGUUUAUCAAAACAGGAUCAUCCAUGAUAUUUUUGUAGUACCAUGGUUUAUUUCCGGUACGAUUUUAGUCCCGGUGUUCAAUAGUCACUAAUUCUUUUGUUCAAAUUAUACGUUGGUUUUAUUUGUUGUGAAAAUAUAUUUCAGUAUAUCUUGUUCGCCCUUUUUGGGCCCCCUUAAAGGCGUUAAUUUUUGCAGAGUGUUGGCAAUUAUUAUUGAAGUUUAAGCAUGCGCAAGCGGCUUUCAACAAGGCGGGCUGAGCUGGGGCGGUUAGGAUGUUUUUUGUUUAGUUUAUUUUAAAAAUUAGAUUAAUAUAAAUAAAAUUUUACAGUUUUAAAUCGUUUAUACAAAUAUGUAUUUUGUUUUAUGUUUGUUCGAUAAUUUCAAAAAUGUGUUUAGUUCUUCUC